AUGCUGCCCGGAUACCCGGCGAGUGGGCUCCCGAUCUCGAGUUCGCACGUGCAACCAUUCCAAUCGCGGCGGACCGCUUCUAAGCCGCAAUCAAGUGUUUUUCUACCUGGUGCAGUGCAGGGCGUUGGCGUUGUGGUGGUCAUUCAGCAGGCCUGCGGCACGCGGGUGACGAAGUUUCGUCUCGCCGGGCACCGCGGCGGCCCGGAGGUCAAGGCCCUGCGGUAUAUGCUGUCUGUGGAAACCAAAGCGUGGGUGGAUCGCCAGAUCAGGGGCUACAUUCAGCAACUGCGCACCGUCAAGAGUCCGGGGUGGGAGCAUUUGCUCGUUUGCGGGCGCAAGGCCGCCCAUAGCCGCGAGAUGCGUGUCAAUGGGACAGACAACCGCAAGCUGUAUAACAUUCUCAGCUCGAUAGAUCACGCCAAGUGGUGGUACCAAAAUCGACUUUCAGGAGAAGGGCAAGAACACUCCGAAGCGCUACAAAUAUAA